CCGGGGCCGGGGGUCACCAGGGCCGGGGACACGGGAGAGCCGGCUACAGCGUGUCCCCAGAAGGUGGUCGUGUCCCGGAUCCCCUCGUACGGGUCAUCCUGUUCCUUCUCGCUGACACCAGGACUCCCCCAUGGCCGUGCGUGAUCUAGCUGGGGCCACCGGCUGCCGGUGCCCCACUUGGGGCUGUCCCCACAGGGUCACCGGGGUGCCCAUGUCCCCCUGUGUGGGCCCGUGGGGUGCGGGUGACACUCUGUGCAUGACACCCCUGGAUGAUAGGUCGUGUCCGUGCGGGGUGUGUGCCACCACGGCGUGUGUCACCGCGGGGCUGUCAUACUGCCUGUGUCCCCAUGAGGGUGUCCGUGUCCCUGCGGGGCCGUGGGGUCCCUGUGUGACACAUGUACGGGAACAUGGGGCUCGUGUGUCCUCGCAGCGGUUGCCGGGACGCUUGCCAGGGCCGGUCUGUCCCCACGGGUGUCUGUGUCCCCCGGGGAGCGUGGGGGACCCUGGGCUGCCCUCCCCUGCCCGCAGGUCCCCCCAUGACCCUCGGUCCCCGGCUGUUUACCCCGCUCGGGCUAUUUUCGGUCAGCCCGGCCGCACGGGUAUUUUUGGCCGCCCGGUGCGGGGCACGUGGGGCCAGGGCCGUGUCGGCGUCACCGGCCGGGACACCCGAUCCCGGGGGACACGGUGGCUCUGUCCCCAACGGGGAAUUGCACAGGGCCGGGGGUCAGCGCGGGGGACGGUGUGUCCGGUGGCACCGAGGUCUCGCCCGGCCGCGGCAGCGUUCCUGCUGCUGAAUCACCGCCCCGGGGCUCCGGGACUCCUUCGUGCCCGCGGCCCCGCCGUACUGGCCCCGGUGCCGUGAGUCAGGCCCCGGCAGCGCCCGCGGUGGGGAGGGGCCGGACGGCAUCACCUGGCCGGGUGCUGGCACCGGCCACGGGAGGGGACGCGGGUGACGGCUGCGGGAGCACCGGCCGGUCACGGGGCUGAGAGUCCCAUCCUGCCCUAAGGAUCCAGGGCUCCUGUCUUUUCUCAGGCGUCACGGCAGGCGAUGGCGGAGCAGGGGGAGUACCACCGCCUGGAGGACUUAGAGGAGGAUUCACCCCCGGGCGAGGAGGACCUGCUGGUGCACGUCACCGAGGGGCUGCAAGACUCCUGGCACCACAUCAAGAACCUGGAUAAUUUCUUCACCAAGAUCUACCACUUCCACCAGAAGAAUGGCUUUGCCUGCAUGAUGCUGUCCGAUGUCUUUGAGCUGGUGCAGUUCCUGUUCGUGGUCACCUUCUCCACCUUCCUGCUGUGCUGUGUGGAGUACGAUGUUCUCUUUGCCAACCGGCCUCUCAACCACACUGGUGGGACAGCCCCUGACCGCAGCAAGGUGACGCUGCCCGAUGCCAUCCUGCCUGCCCCACAGUGUGCCCAGAGGAUCAGGGCCAGCGGCUGGAUCAUCUUCCUGCUGGUGAUGGCGGCUGCAUUCUGGCUGUACCGGCUGGUGAAGGUGCUAUGCAGCCUCCUGAGCUACUGGGAGAUCCGCACCUUCUACAUCAAAGCCCUCAACAUCCCCUCGGAGGGGCUGUGCAACUACAGCUGGCAGGAGGUGCAGGCACGGCUGAUCUCGCUGCAGCGCCAGCAGCAGAUGUGCGUGCACAAGCGGGAGCUGACGGAGCUGGACAUCUACCACCGCAUCCUGCGCUUCAAGAACUACACGGUGGCCAUGGUCAACAAGUCGCUGCUGCCCGUCCGCUUCCACGUGCCUCUGCUGGGCCCCAUCGUCUUCCUCACCCAGGGCCUCAAGUACAACCUGGAGCUGCUCCUCUUCUGGGGCCCCGGCUCCCUCUUCCAGAACAAGUGGAGCCUGCGGCCACAGUGCAAGCGUGCAGGCGCACGCCGGGAGCUGGCCCAGCGCCUGGCACGCACCAUGGUGCUGGUGGGGCUGGCCAACCUGCUGCUCUGCCCCUGCGUGCUGGUUUGGCAGCUCCUCUAUGCCUUCUUCAGCUACGCCGAGGUCAUCAAGCGGGAGCCGGGCAGCCUGGGCGCCCGCCGCUGGUCCCUCUAUGGCCGACACUACCUGCGGCACUUCAACGAGCUCAACCACGAGCUGCAGGCCCGGCUGAGCCGCGGGUACAAGCCAGCCACCAAGUACAUGAACUCCUUCACCAGCCCGCUGCUCACCGUGCUGGCCAAGAACAUCGGCUUCUUCGCUGGCUCCAUCCUGGCCGUGCUCAUCGUCCUGACCGUCUAUGAUGAGGACGUGCUCACGGUGCAGCACAUCCUCACUGCCAUUACACUGCUGGGGCUCGUGGUCACGGUGGCCAGGUCCUUCAUCCCGGACGAGCACACGGUGUGGUGUCCGGAGCAGCUCCUGCAGCGUGUCCUGGCCCACAUCCACUACAUGCCUGACCACUGGCAGGGCAAUGCCAGCCGGUCGGAGACGCGCAGUGAGAUGGCACAGCUCUUCCAGUACAAGGCGGUCUUCAUCCUGGAGGAGCUGCUGAGCCCCAUCCUCACCCCGCUCAUCCUCAUCUUUGCCCUGCCCUCCCGUGCCCUGGACAUUGUUGACUUCUUCCGCAACUUCACGGUGGAGGUGGUUGGGGUUGGUGACAUCUGCUCCUUCGCCCAGCUUGACAUCCGCAAUCAUGGCAAUCCCCAGUGGCUGUCAGCUGGGCAGACAGAGGCCUCCGUGUACCAGCAAGCGGAGAACGGGAAGACAGAGCUGUCGCUGAUGCACUUCGCCAUCACCAACCCGCGCUGGCAGCCGCCACCGCAGAGUGAGCUGUUCCUCAGCCAGCUGAAGGAGAAGGUGCAGCAGGACGCAGCCGCCGCACCGCCUGCCCAGCGCAUCCUCGCUGAGGGGCCGCUGGGCACAUCCCUCCUCUCCGAGGACUCAGCAGCAGCACCCGAUGGUUUGCUGGCCAGUGUCCUGGCCCGGCCCAUCUUCUCUGCCAGCGGGCUGGUGUCCUGGGACCGGCGCUUCACACAGCCCUGCAGCACCGCCAGCGCCGCCGCCAGCGUCCUGGCAUCCCUGGCAUCCUCCCUGCCUGGACCGGUCCGUGGCCCUGCCACCGACAGCCCUGGCUGCCACAGUGACCGCCGGCUCCCUGAGGAGAGGUCCUGCCUGUUCCUGAGCGAGUCGCGGCUGCGCAGCCUGAGCCGCUCGGCACUGAUCACCGAAGUGGCCUCGGCCGAGAUGAGCCUCCAUGCCAUCUACCUGCAUGAGCUUCACCAGCAGCAGCAGCAGGGCCCUGGGCCCCAGGCUGUAGGGGUGUGGAUGGCCACGGGGGCACCCAAGCCGCCCUCCAUGACCGCAGGCUCGGCUGCCAGGGCCUCACAGGCUCAACACCGGGAGAUGCCGCUGGGUGGCUGGGCUGAGGAAGAGGAAGAAGAGGAAGAGGAGGAAGAGCAGUUGACAACCUAGCUGGCCUCAGCUUCGGGUUCUGGGCGUGCUGAGAGCUCUCGGUGCUGCCGGGCACGGUGCCGGGAGAGCUGCCGGGAGGUGCUGGCUGGCAGCAGAGAACUCGCCGCUGCCCACCCCGCUGCCUGGGGUCCGGCCAGCCCUGCCUGGGCACAGAGCCUUGCUGCUGGCCCUGCCAUGGCACAGGGGCCAGGGGUGCUGCUGGGGCAGCCAGCCCCUGAGGUGCUAUAUUUAUGGGGGGGCACAGGGGGCCUGGGCUGCCCCUUACCAGGGCUGGUGCCAUCCCUGGUCCUGCUGCCUGCCCAGGCUGCUGCUCCCCACAAUGUCCUGCUCCAGGCACUGGGCACAUCAACCUGCCAUGGGAAAUAAAGGUUUACAGAGGG